AUGUUGAUGAAAUUGCUUACUUUGAGAUUGUUGAUUGGAUUAAAAAUGAUUGUGGAUGUCAAGAUGUUGUCUCCUAAAAAAGAUGGAUGGUAUAAUCUUUAUGUAGUACAUGGAGGGACCGACUUGGGAGAGAAAGAAUCGGUCAAUGUUGAGUUGGACAAUGGCUUAGAAAGUGGAGUUUCUAGGACUAAUGGACCACAUAAGAAGGAUAAGAGGCCUAAAUUGAAGGUGAUUUCUUCCAAAAAAAUUGAUGUUGAUAGUGAUAGUGAUGUGGAGCUAAGUGAUGGACAUUAUGAAGAUGGUAAUGUUGAUGAUCUUUUUGUUGAGAACAUUGAUAGUAGAUUAGAAGAAGGAGCUCCAAGAAUUGAGUCUGAUGUUCUAAAUGUAUUGAAUCGAGAGCUUGCGGAUGAGGAAGCUAGGAACAAUUACCAGGAUACUGAUGAUGAAUUGGUUGAGUCUUAUGUUGAAUUAAAUAGCUUGGAUGGAUCUGAUGACGCGACGAGAAGGAAAAGCAUUAUCCAGUGUUCAACCCAGAUGUUGACUUUAAGGAUUUAUGCUGUGAAAUUGAGGGAAGAGGAGACUUUUCAAAUUAAAACUUAUAGCUCUGAGCAUACUUGUGGACACCAAUAUGAAAACAACAAAGUAACUGCUUUGUAUUUGGCUGAGAAGUAUUUAGAAGAUUGGAGAGAAAAUCCGGGUUGGGAUUUAAAUGUUUUCAUAAAAAGAGUAAAUAGGGAGUGUGGAUGUGAAGUGAAAUAUCACAAGUGCUAUAACGCAAAAAAAAUUGCCAUGAGGAUGAUUUAUGGGGAUGCAAAUGAAGAGUAUAGUAGGGUUUGGGAUUAUGCUGAAACAAUCAGAAAGUUUAAUCUAGGUAGUACAACAAUAGUGAAGUGUAUUGGGAUAGAGUCUCCCCCUCCUUUAUUUCAAAGGAUGUAUAUUUGUUUAAAAGCUUGUAAGGAGGGUUUUGUGGCUAGGUGUCAACGUAUCAUUGGGGUUGAUGGAGCACAUUUAAGAGGGUCAUAUCCUGGAAUAUUGCUGACUGCAGUAGCUAAGGAUGGCAAUAACAACAUUUUUCCAUAG